CACACACACACACACACACACACACACACACACACACACACACACACACACACAUGACUAGACUUAUGCAAUGCAUGCAUACAGUCUGCAUUUGGUUAUCAAUAAUUAAUAAAUAAUUAAUUAAUUAAUCCUAUCUUAGUCAGUCAAUUAUAUCUUGUUAACGUCGAAGAAGAGCAAUCAAACUCUACUUUCAGUAGAUACUUUGCAUUGUCAUACUUGACACCACAUCAAACUGCAAUUAGACUCUAGAUUGAGUUAUUAGCACCAUAUCACAAACACAACUUUCUCUACCAAAAGUCACAAUUUCAAUUUCUUCAUACACACACAUCGUAGCAGCAGCAGCAGCGAUGACAUCAAGCUGCUCAUCGGAGCCGAACGGAGUAGACAAAUGGAUGAGAAUUCUAACAGGCAGCGUUGCCGCAUUGUCAAUGUUUGGCUGCACAGUAAUCAUCAUCAGCUAUGCUCUCUGGCCAAGACUCAGGUCAAAAUCCCGUUCUCUCUUGGUUUGUCUGUCAGUUGGAGAUUAUAUGAACGCACUGGGAGUCUUUGUCAGUAGUGUGUGGCCUCCUGAGGGUAACGACGUGGGCUGCAAAGUGCAAGCCGUGAUGACAACGUGUGGCUCUUUGCUGUCGUUUUUCUGGACAAGUUGUUUAGCAAUUUAUAUAUUUAUUGUCAUUGUGUUGAAUAAUCGAGAGUUGGCGAAGCGACUGCUCGUUGUGUUUCAUGUGGUCAGUUGGGGUUUGCCUGCUGUUGUAACGUGUGUUGCUCUUGUGAAAGGGAAAUUGGGAUAUACAGAAAGUAGUGAUACUGUGGGAUGGUGUUGGAUAGAAGCAAGAGAGGUUGCUGAUAGUGAGGCUGUUGUUUGGAUGGUGGUGACAGGAAAGGGAUGGGAGAUCAUAUCGUAUGUCGUUGUUGUGGUGCUGUAUAUUGCAACUAAAUUGUACAUUUGUCAAGAGAAAAAGGCACCAAAGGUGUUUAUAACAAAGUCAACUUUCGAGACAGCUCAGACUAUCAACAGGAAGCUGACUUUUGUACCCAUUGUAUUUGUAAUCUCAAGAAUGUGGGGAACUUUGCGAUUUUUCUUCAUCAUUUUGCAGAAGCAUUGCUUGGCAAAGUCCCCAAUCUUUCUUGCCUUACAUGGCAUCGGCGAUUCUGCACAAGGAUUUGCAAACUUCAUCAUAUUCUGCGUAUUCACUCCAAAGGUUCACAAUCACUGGAUAAACACAAUUUGCAUAACUUUCUGCUGUAAAUGGAAGGAGCCACGAGAUCCUUCCGAACAUGAUCAUCUGUUGCCAGUCAAGAGCAACAUACUUGCGUUUUUCUCUGGAUUUCGUAGCCGUCCACCUCAACAACAAAAUAAUCGAAAAAUUAUGUCGUCGUCAUCGUGUUAGUUGCGAAUGUGUGUUGGCGAUGUGACAAUUCAGUUAAUUAAGUGUGAGUGUGGUAGUGAAACUGUCAGUUUUAGUAUCACACAACAGUGUGGAGAGAAAUGAAAAUGAAAGUCAAAUGUAGUGAUAUCUAGUAGAUAUUCUCGAGUCUUCUAGAUAUGUUAGGAGUGGUGGACGGUCAUAGAAUACUUGUAUACAUGGUAUUAAUUGUGGAGCAAUUCAAGUUGGGCUGAACACACCAACCAAAGUGGUGCUCGUAUGCAGUAGCAUCGCAUCAACGGCUUCACAUUGGCACAC